AUGAUCAUGUCUCGUCGUAAACAACUACGUCCAAAAUCAUUCAAAGGCAAUGAAAUAUUAUUUGUUUUGCCUGAUGAACUUCUAUAUGAUGAAGAAACAAAUUUUAUAAUUACUCGAACAAAUCUUAACAAAGAUCAUCGUUUUGGUCCUUUUCCUGCUACUAUACAUAUUGAUGAUAAAAUAGAAUGUUUUCAGUUGCUCGAUAUUAAACAUAAUUGGUUUGUUCAUUGUUCAGUAAUAAAUAAUAUUAAUACUUCGGAAAAUUUAAAUAUUAUAUAUCAAGAUAAUCAAUUAUUUGCAAUUGUAACAAAAUCUAUUUCAAUUGGGACAUAUCUUUGUACGAAUAGAAUUAUACUUCCAAAAUUAAAUAUGAAUAAAGAUAUUGAAAUAAAAGAUGAACCUUUAGAAAUAUCAUCAAAAAAACAUUCUCCUCUUGUUUAUACUUGUGAUACGUGUAAUAUACGAUUUAGUAAUCGAAAUACAUUAGAUGCACAUCGUCAACAUUAUUGUAUGAAACAAGAAACAACAAAAAGUCAUUCAGCAGAUUCAUCGAUUACUUUUGAAGCGAAAUCUAUGAAACGUAAAUCUCCUGAUAACAGUGAUUCAUUAUCAACACCUACAAAACGUUUAUCUUUAUUAUCGCAUAAUACUUAUUGUCAUAAAUGUGAUGAUAUUUCAUUUUCUAAAGUUAAUAAUCUUAUUCAAGAUAAAUUAUCUCAUUGUACAACAAAUUCAUCUUGUUGUAAAUUAAAAAAUCAAACAAUACCAUUUGAUUGUCCAGUUCAAGUUGGAAAUUUUAUUUAUGUACCUAUACCUGUUGUUCCUACACAAAUUAAAUCUUCUAAUCAAGAUAAUAAACCUUUAGAUUUAAUUUAUUUCUAUCGAAAACGACGAAAAACAAAUACUUAA